CCCACUUGACUAUCUGUUUCUGUCUUUGUUCCCUCUUUUUCCUCGCCCCUUUCCUCCUAAAUUCCGAAUCAUUCUUUUAUUCCAUAAAGGUAAAUAAAGAUAAAGAUUACCCCUUCCACAAGUAUAUCAACUAAAAUAAAAAUAAAAGAAAACCCUACUCCCCCCUCUUAUUUCUUUAGAACUGUAAUGUACCCAGCAAAAAUAAGAUUGGUAUCGUUGUUUUUAUGAAGGGCAAUGUGAAAUUUUUCUGGGUUUCUUCUUUUACAUAUGCCUAUUGUAUUUUUAAUGGUGCAGUGUCUCCAAAAUCCGAGGGCAGAAGGGAGUUGACCUUUAUUGUUCUUUCAAGGUGAUAUUUAUAUAGAAAACGAAGAUGAAUUCGUAUAGACAAGUAGAGUCAACUCUCAAGGAAAUACUUGAAGUGAUCAAGCCCUUGCAAGAAGACUGGGUUACACGGUUUAAAAUCAUCGAUGAAUUGCGCGAAAUCGUUCAAUCUAUAGAAAGUUUAAGAGGUGCAACCGUGGAGCCAUUUGGAUCCUUUGUGUCUAAUCUCUUUACGCGGUGGGGAGACUUAGAUAUAUCUGUUGAGUUAUCUUAUGGUUCAUGUAUUUCAUCUGCCGGAAAGAAGCAUAAACAGACAAUACUCAAUGAAUUGCUUAAAGCUUUAAGAAAGAAAGGUGGAUGGUUAAGUAUACAAUUUAUUCCCAGUGCAAGAGUUCCCAUUUUGAAAAGCAUCAGCAAAUGGCAGAACAUCUCUUGUGAUAUUUCAAUCGAUAAUCUGCAGGGCCAAAUAAAGUCAAAAUUCUUGUUUUGGCUCUGUGAGAUAGAUGGUCGAUUUCGUGACAUGAUUUUACUGGUGAAGGAAUGGGCCAAGGCUAACGGUAUUAAUAAUCCGAAGUCCGGGACUUUUAACUCAUAUUCCCUCAGUUUGCUAGUCAUUUUCCAUUUUCAGACUUGUGUACCUCCAAUUUUACCUCCAUUAAAAGAUAUAUACCCAACAAAUGUUGUCGAUGAUCUUACGGGUACCAAAGAUGACGCAGAGAGACGUAUUGCACAAAUAUGUUCGUCUAACAUUGUCAAGUUUAGAUCAUGCAGGACCAUAAACCGGAGUUCUUUGUCUGAGCUGUUCAUUUCCUUCAUUGCCAAGUUUUCAGACAUUAAUUUGAGGGCGUCGGAAUUGGGAAUCUGUCCAUUUACAGGACAAUGGGAGUACAUAGAAAACAAUAUGAGAUGGUUGCCCCGGACGUAUGCAAUAUUUGUUGAAGAUCCUUUCGAACAACCAGAAAAUUCUGCUAGGGCCGUCAGUCAGAGACAAUUGAUAAAGAUAGCUGAAGUAUUUCAGAUGACCCGUCAUAUGCUAAUCUCAGCUAAUUUGACCCGAAGUACACUCCUCCCUAUAUUGGUUGGACCACAGAUAUCCCGAUUUUUUGUAAACCAUUCGGCUAGUUACUCAAGUAGCAACGGCAGCCACUAUCUGAAUCCAUAUCCACAUCCACAUCCACAUCGAUCAGUGCAAUCACCUUUGCAAAUGCAGCAGCAGCACCGGCAGCCGCUGUACGAGAAAUCAAGGCCCUCAACCUCACAAAUGCAGCAUCAAGCUCCAAAAGUGGUGUCCCCCGCAUCGAACAUGCAAUCUCAAUUUGGAAAAACAAGGGUGUCGAAUGGACUGGGGCCGAACCAUCAAUUUCAAAAAAGGACCCCUUUGGUCUCACAAGUUCAAUUGCAAGUGCAACCUCAAUUUCAGAAGUCAAGGACUGAAGGUUAUAGUGUAAAUCCCGGCGGUCAGAGGCCAUUGCAGGUACAAUAUAUUAAUGGAGGGCAGAUAUGGAGGCCAAAAUCUGAUAAAUAGAGGGUCUUUAAAGCUUUUUGAAUUCACUGUUGUUCAUGUGUAAUUGGAACAUAUUGUAUUCUGUGUGUGUAAGCAUGCGAAUUCAGGAUCGAGACGUGUGUUAAUAUCCGUCGAAGAAAUUAUGUAUGUAAUGUUAAACUUGGCUAAAUUAUUAGACUUGACCC